AUGGAGCGCAAGCUAUCAUCAAAGACACACAAAAUGCGCCAUCGUCUGACCUUCACUCGAAGCACUUCGACACGAGAGUGUGCAUGCCCCAUGAUCCCUUCCGCGGAAGUCAGUCCCUCCAGCAGUCGGCCUCGCUCAGCAACAAACCCAGAGUCUCCAACCUACGGCGAGGACACAAUGUGGGACAGCAUUGAUGCCAGCAGGUGCUACAACUUCACAGAUGAGCCGGGGUUCUUCCGUCCUGCAUCGCCAUUCCUGGAGCGUCAGAAGAUCGAUGAAGAUCUGGUACUGGAUAUCAAACACGCCUGUGCCCUACUAUCUCACAGCAUCGACCGUGGCAUUCCCAUCGGCCUGUCCUAUCAAAGUGCCGUGCCCGACUGGACUGACAAAAAGGCUGCGGGCAAGUCUACGACCCAAGCAUCCUCAUCCUUCAACCUAAAUGCCCUUUCAUCACCAGGCAAACCCAUCAAGCCAGCCACAGAUACCGACGAGAUGCACGAUUCCGGCGUCGGGAUGAGCUUCAACUCCCCCCAGCAAACAGGACGACCCUAUGGCAACAGUGUCUCCUCGUCCAGAUUCUAUAACAAGCAAAGCUCCAUCUCACCUCCCCGCAGCCCAACACCAGCCCGCUCCCGCGCAGAAAGCAUAAUCCAAACCCUGGCCGACAGAGGCAGCAUCCAACCAGACUACCCACUAAGCUUGGCCCGCUCACGCUCACGCUCCUCCAGUCCAGUGCCAUUCCCCUAUAGUCCGGACCAAGCCAACGACGAAUGGCACUCAGGACAAACAACGCCACCAAGCCCGAAACUCGAAAACCCCCAGAUGGAAAAAGAACAAUCAACGGCAACGGUAACCGUCUCUGAAACCUCACCUACCGCCUCACCCACUGCCAUCUCCACACCAUCUGAAACCGAGACAUCGACUCCACUCAGUCUCGGCGCAGAAGGGCAGGCCUGGCUGCGCGCCAGCAAAGAUCUCCAACUUCUCGCCGAGGAGGAAAAACAAAAACAGAAACAAAAGGAACAAGAACAAGAGAAAGAAAAAGCGGCCAAGAAAGAACCCUCCAAUCGCUUCUACAGCUCCAACGCCAACGCCACGUCGCAGAUCUUCGAUUCGCGCGAGUGGCUGACGAAGAAUAUCUGGGAAAGUCGAGACCCAAGCCUCUAUGACGAAGCGUCAUUGAGCGGAUACCCGAAUGGAGAAGGACGCUGGGGCAGCAUGUCCACCAGCGGUGAUAGUGCCAGCCGCGAUGGAAAUCCGGGUCAGUGGUGGGCCGGUGCUGAUGCCGCCUCGAGUCGGAAUUUGUCUUAUUCUUCGUCUUCGUAUCGGGUCGAUGAGUUCAAGCAUCAGGAGAAUGCCUAUUCGGUUGUUGUUCCUAGCUUGCAGCCUCGGCGGAGGAGGGAGAGAGCGCAGCUUUUGUUGAGGAAGUUGGCUGGGUUUCGCAGGUGGAGGGACGGUCGUGUUGAGGCUUGA